AUGAUUACUGGUCUCCAUCACGUUAACAUCCUCGUCCCGGAAGGCACCCUCGACCGGGCGGAGGAAUUCUACACAAACACCCUGGGUCUGCCAUCAGCUCCGGUUCCCCAUCUACAGAAAGGAACCCUUCUAUGGUUCAACCUCACGCCGGAUGGCAGCCAGCAGAUUCAUGUAGCCUUUGGCUCCAACAGCGAUUUGCAUUCCGACCGUCACGCUUGCCUGAAAGUUGGGUCUCCGGACCAUCUGUUGACCCUGCAGCAGCGUAUUUGGGAACAUCAUCAGAGAGGGGGCGAUGCUGCUCCCUUGCACGCUGAUAAGCCGGGGGAGCAAAACUCGGGUGCCCAGGGCAUCGAAUAUCCGAGUCGGUUUUUUGCCAGAGACUUUGCGGGUAACCGGCUGGAAUUUACCCUAUGA